UUAGACUGGGACUUUUAUAUCCAUGUUUUAAUCCUUCACUAAAUGCUUUAUUCCAUUUACUGGGCCUGAUGUUGGACAUAGAGCGUGUUAUGCUGUCAUCUCAAUAACAAUUGCAUUUUCAACACUAUCAAAAGGAAGGAUACACAAAGGUUUUAUUUCCACUAUGUCUUUUCUGUCCUGUUUAAUUUUAGCAUACUGGUACGUAUUUUCUUUGUUUUGUUUGGAUACAUGCAGUCAAUAAGAAGACAGAAAAAUAACCCUUCCUCAUCUUGUUUUCAUGUCAUUGAUCAGUUGAGCCCCUACUCCUCCUUUUGAAUAUUUCCCAACAUUAAGUAUUUUCUCUUGAUUGCUUUACUGUCUAUUUUUGUGGUGUGUGCGUGUGUGUGUGUGCGUAGCCGACAAGCCCAUGCGGCCGCGGAACGUGAAGCUGACGUCAGUGGACAAGGGCCUGAGGGUGAGCUGGGAACCUCCCAAUGAGCUGGACGGUCGCCCGGUGGACCGGUACACCAUCAGCUACGGAAAGUCCAUGAGGACACUGCGCUUCAUCAAGGUGGACAAGGACAGACGCUCCGAGGUACUGGAGGAUGUAGAGCCCGGAGUUCUGCACUUUCUGAAGAUGAGUGCCGAGAACGAGGAGGGGAUCAGCAAACCUGUCUACAGAGCAGAGACGCCAGGAG